AACCAGAGCCAUUUCGUAUCACAACUCACUCAAAUCACUUCACCAUUUUCACUUCUUCCUUCUUUUUAUAACAACAACCCACUCCAAUCUCAGAUUCACACUCACACCAAAUUCCAAUGGCGACCAGUAACGGCAUGAUGGACGGCGCCUACUUCGUCGGCAGAUCUGAGAUCCUCGCCUGGAUUAACUCCACUCUCCAACUCCAUCUCAACAAAGUCGAGGAGGCUUGCAGCGGAGCGGUGCACUGCCAGCUGAUGGAUGCGGCGCAUCCGGGGAUGGUUCCGAUGCACAAGGUCAAUUUCGACGCCAAGAGCGAGUAUGAGAUGAUCCAGAAUUACAAGGUUCUUCAAGAUGUGUUCAACAAACUCAAGAUCACCAAGCAUAUUGAGGUGAGCAAGCUUGUGAAAGGAAGGCCGCUUGAUAAUUUGGAGUUCACGCAGUGGAUGAAGCACUACUGUGACUCUAUCAAUGGUUGCACUAACUACAAUGCUGUGGAGAGGAGAGAAGCUUGCAAGGGUGGUAGAGAAGUGAGCAAGAGAGCUGUGCAAUCACAGUCAUCUGCUAAGGGUACAUCAACCUCUCAAAGAGCCCAUACCUCACACACUACUAGAAGAAAUGAUGUACCACCUUCUGGAAACUCCACAAAUCAAUCAGGAAAGACCUCAAGACCUUCUUCUAGUGGAGGCCCUGCUCCUCCUGCACAUGAUGAACAGAUCACAGAGUUGAAGUUAUCGGUGGAUAGCCUUGAGAAGGAGAGGGAUUUCUACUUUGGAAAGCUCAGAGAUAUCGAGAUACUAUGCCAGACUCCUGAAAUUGAACACCUACCUGUUGUUGGUGCUAUACAGAAGAUUCUGUAUGCUACAGAUGAUGAUGCAACAGUGGUGGCACAAGCUCAAGCCAUGUUGUCUGCUCCCCCAAAGGAAGCAGAGCCCACAAGUCCCAUUGCUGAGCCAUUGAGUCCUAUUGCUGAGGCUUCAGAUGAGAAAGCAAGUUCUGAGAAUCAGAAGAGGAAAUCCAUAAACAAUUUUGAUGUGGAUGCUGCUGCCAUGGCAACAUUAUCUCCGAGGCAAAGGGUCUCUGAUGCUUCUGAUGUCCAUUGCAGUGGGUCACCCCUGAUGACUUGUUGAUCUGCUAGUUGUGUGGUGGAUGUAAUCUCUCGGUUUCAUCUUUACAGACCACAAUUUUCCAUCGAACCUAUUGCUCCCCCAUAUAUUUUGGUAAUGCGUUAUAUGUCAAAAUGUAGUACAAGUAAUGGUGUGGACAUGAGAUAUUAAUACACUAUUGUAUUAAAACAUCUCCAGUCUCCUGCUCUUAUGUUGUAAAAGGUAGAAGAUGAUGAAAUGCUAUCAUUUCCUGCUUCAGGAGUGUUAGUUCAUCAUGCUUAUACAGUAGAAACUCAGAUGUCAUCCUCCAGUAUUAUAAUAGAGCUGC